ACUGUAAUAUUUUACCUGUUGUUUAAAAAACAAAAAUAUUAAUAUAAUUUGUUAAUAUUGUUAUUUAAAAAGAACAAAAACAAUAUAUUAAUUUUUUCUAGAUAGAGAUGUCAGGGGAAUUCACUUUUCUUGAUACCAGGCGGCAAAGAAGAAAUGAAUUAAUUCAAUCGGUCAAGAGGACAGUUGUACAUAGGAUGUUUAAUAUAUAAAAAAAUUAAUCAAUUGUUGUAACAUAAAGUGUGGGUCGUAUGUGUGUUAACGUAGAGACGAAUAAAAAGAUAGGAAGUGAGGAAAAAAUUAAAGAAAAAAAAAAAAAAUCAUUUUAUAGCUGGUUUAAAGUGAUAAUAAACUUGUGUCUAGUUUAUUAUCACGCGAUUACCAGGUCAGAUCUAUCUUUUCUCUUUCAUUCUCUAUGUGGAUUUAUAUAUAUUUUUUAAAUUUAUUUCUUAUUUGCAAUUUUGGCGGGUAACUCGUGUUAAUAAUAUUUCAUUUUAAUCUGAGAUAAAAUUAAAAAAAAAAAAUAAUCAAUUAAAAGAAAAAAAUGAGUGAAAAAAAAAUUAAAUACUGUGGAUUAUUUGGUUACUAUCCAAAAUGGUUACAAAAAUAUGCAAAUUCAAAAAUAUUUAUAAUUGUUUAUGGAUUUCUUGGUCUAGUACAAGCAAUGGCAUUUAUUUACAUGACUGUAACACUAACAACACUUGAAAAAAGAUUUAAAAUACCAAGUCAAACAACUGGAUUAAUAUUAUCUGGCAAUGAAAUAUCACAAAUAUUAUCAUUAAUAUUGAUUUAUUAUGGUGGUGUUGGUCAUCGACCAAAGUGGCUAGCAGUUGGUGUUGGUCUAAGUUCAUUAUCAUGUUUUAUUCUUGUUAUACCACAUUUAAUAUAUGGUCCAGGUGAAGCAGCACUAGCAUUAACACAAGAAUAUUUAGCAAAAAAUAUUAAAAUGAAUACAACACAAAAGUCUGAUUUUUUACCAAUUUGUAAUGAUAAAAAUAGUAUCAAGGAAAUUUGUGCGAAUGAUGAUUGGUCUGAUGAUGAUGGUAUUGUACCAAGAUUUUUAAUAUUUUUUUCACAAUUUGUACUUGGUAUUGGUACAACAUUGUAUUUCGGCUUGGGACAAACUUAUCUUGAUGAUAAUUCUAAGAAAUCAAAUACACCAAUGUUACUUGGUGUUACAUUUGCACUUCGUACAUUUGGUCCAGCAGUUGGUUUUAUUCUUGCUUAUUUUUGUAUGAAAAUUUACAUUGUACCUGAUCUUCAUCCAAUAAUUAAUGAAAAAGAUCCAAGAUGGCUUGGAGCUUGGUGGCUUGGAUGGAUAUUUCUUGGUCUUUUACUUGCAAUAUUUUCUCUAUUAAUUGCAUUGUUUCCACGUGAAUUACCAAAAAAAUUACAUAAAAUUUCUAACGAUAAAAAUAUGACAGAAGUUGAAGUACCAUUAAAUAUUGAAAAUAAUUUACAAAAAAAUUUAAAUGACAUUGAUGAAUUGAAUAAUUUAUCAAUUGAAAAAAUUGAUAGCCAACAAGAUGAUGAACCAAAUAUUAAAGAUUUUUUUACUACGUUAAUUAGAGUUUGUUCAAAUAAAAUUUUACUGUGUAAUAAUUUAAGUGCUGUUUUUGGUAUACUUGGUGUUAUACCAUACAUGACAUUUAUUGCUAAAUAUCUUGAGGUACAAUUUGAAACAUCAGCUGGUGGAGGAACUGUUAUAACAGGACCAAUUUCAUUAAUUUCCAUGGUACUUGGUUUUUUUUUUUCCGGUUGGUUUAUAAGUAAAUUUAAUCCAAGACCAUCAAGAUUAUUAUCAUGGAAUGUUUUUGGUGGUACAUUAUGGGCAGUUGUACAAAUAAUAUUGAUAUUUAAUACUUGUGAAAUAAUUGAACAUCAUGGAAUUGAUAGACAAAAUUUAAUAAUAAAUUUAACAGAUACAUGUAAUGUUAAUUGUAAUUGUGAUGAUUCAAAAUAUUCACCAGUUUGUCAUCAAGCAACAAAAACAACAUUUAUGUCACCAUGUCAUGCUGGUUGUAAAAAUUCAAAUGACACAAAAUCAUAUUAUAAUUGUAGUUGUGUAGAUUUAUCAUUAAAAAAAAAUUAUAAUAAUGAUACAGUAAUUAAUGAUAGUGUAACAGUUGGUCCAUGUAAAGGUGAUUGUACAAAUGCUUAUAUUAUAUUUAUGAUAUUAAUAAUGAUUUGUAAUUUUAUAUCGGCAACCGAGAGAAUUGGUAAUGUUUUGGUUAAUUAUCGUUGUGUUGAUAAAAAAGAUAAAAGUAUUUCUCAAGGUGUUACAUUGAUGAUUGUGUCGUUAUUUGCAUUGAUACCUGGACCAAUAUUGUAUGGUGCUAUUAUUGAUAAAUCAUGUUUACUAUGGGAAAAUUCAUGUGGUGAGAAUGGAAAUUGUUGGCAUUAUGAUAAAGAAAAAUUUCGAUUGUUAUUUAAUACAACAGCUAGUUUCUUUACGUUUAUUGGAGUUUUAUUUGACGUAGGCGUUUGUUAUCUAGCACGAAAUGUUGAUCUGUAUGGAAAAAAUGAUGACGAUAAAGGAAUAAUAUUUAUACAAGAUGAAGCAAAUAUUGUUAAAUAUAAAAAAACAAAAAAAGUAUCAGAUAAUAUAACGUAAAUAAUUAAAUAUAAAAAUCUAUGAGACAAUAUUUUUUAAUCAAAGUGAAAUAAUAAAAAUUGUAUAAAAUUCUUAAAAUAACAAAAUGAAAAUAAGCAAAAUCCAAAUGAAGAUUGAAGGGGAAUAAAUAAAUUUUUAAAAAUACAAUAAUAUAAGUAACUAAAUAAAAAAUAUAUUGAAAAAAAAAGAAUA